AAUCAAAUAAAAAGUGUUUAAAAAUAGCUGAAACCAAGGAAGCUGAAAGAAAAAAUAUAAAAAGCAAAAGGUUUCGAACAACAGUGUUUGGUUCAGCACAUCAUUUCAUAAGAAGAAGUACAUAAGUAGAGGUCAAAGAGUGUAGAGAAAAACAAGGAAGUGUUUGACAAACAGCCGAAACUAUAAACGGCGCAUAAAAUAAUAAUAAAAACUACAAAAAUUCAACGAAAAACCGGCAGCAGUGAACCGGCUUGAGCUCAUCACACUCACCAACACAGCAAUCGACCUUUCUACCCAUCACCCUUAUUAUCUAAUUCUUUAGCCGGUACCGAAGCAACGUAGAAUAACAAACGAUAAGUGAUUUUGUGUGUUCCCGCGAACUUCGCACGCAUUUUAGCGUGACUCCAUUUGAAAGGUCCAGCAAACUCGGUUUGACCGCGUUAUUCGAGCACAAAAUUUGCAGCAGGGACAGCGAGACAAGAAGUGGUGUGCGCAAGGCCAGCAGGCCUAAAAGCCUGACCAGCGUUGUUUUUUUUCUUCUUAUUGCACGGCGUUUGUGGGAAAAGCUCAAUCUCUACUAGGAGCCGGUUAUUAGCCACCACAGGCCGCGGCGUCGGCGCCAACGCCAUUAAUUAACAGCCAACCACAGCCGACAACAAAGGCUUUACAUUAGUCGUCUCACACAUAUCGUCUAAUAGCCGAGUAGCAGUGUGUGUCGCUACAAAUCGACGCACCAGCAAUAAUACUACAACAACAGUAGCAGCAACAGCAGCAGCGCAGCGUCCUAGUGACCGCAAUCUAUGCACCGGCUGCCGCAACAGUGUCAGCACUUGUCGUAAAAUGACCGAGAAUCAAUUAUUUUCCAUGUCGACCGAUCUAUUCGACACCUCGUCCAACAGCAGCAAUCCACUAAAGUGUGAUAUCUUCUCGUUGGCGCUGAGCAACAGCAACACUUCCAGUCUACUCUUCGGCACAUCGACGCUGCCCGCACUUAGCCCAUUGCAGCAGCUGAAUGUGAAUACCGUUUUCAAUACAAAUUCCAACUCCAGUCCCAAUUCCAAUUCCAAUUACCUUUCGAAUACAAAUUCGAACGCCAACACACCAAACGACCAACAACACCAACAGCAACAGCAACAGUCGCAGCACACAUUCACCAGUAUCGGCGGCAACAGCGUUGGUAGUAGUGUUGGUGGCGGCAGCAUCAGCGGUAGCAGUAAUGUGAUGCUGACCAACGCCAUAAGCAUACCGCGCAGUAAUAAUCCAAAUCAGAGUCAUAAUCCCUGGACGCAAGAACGAGAUUCGCAUCAUCAUCCCAGCCCAAGUCCCUUGCAGCAUCAUCCCCAUCAUCUCAAUAGCCAUAAUCACAACCAAAUCUCUUCCAUGAUGUCUGCACAACAACAACAACAAAAUAACCAACAGCAACAGCACCAACAACAACAUCAGCUGCAACAACAAUCGUUGCAGCACUCACAGCCUCGUCUCUUUGUCGAUUUCUCCGACUACGGUUUGGAUGUCGCCUCGCUGGACGCUGCCUCGUUGUCGCCAACGCUGCUGCAAGAUGUCAGCUUGGGCGCUGCUUCGCCACUGCACGGCAUCACGUCCAACGGUUUUUAUGCGGCCGACGCCUCGCCGGUCAGCAACAGCGGCAGCAAUAGCAUAGUUGGCAGCGUUGGUACCGUGGACUCGGCCAGCACGCUGCUGGGUCUGAAUGAUAGCAUACGCUCCGGUGAUGAUGGCAACAAUUCGUUGCUGUUCGAUGUCACCGGCACGCCCAACUCGAGCGCGAUGUGGAGUGACAUCAGCAAUGCUAUCAUCACCAAACAUGAACCAUUUACACUGGAGGAGGACUAUAUUUUUCCCAUAGAUAAGGCUGAGAUACAGGCUGCCGGUUUCGGUGAUAUACCCGAUGAACACUUCCUCGAUGUGAUCGAUAAUUUUGAUGAGCUCUUGAACAGCGGUGCUGGACAGAAUGACUUCAUUCUAUCGCCUCAACAGAAUAAUAGCUCAAACAAUUUGCAGCAAUUGAAUAGUCCACAGGCCUCGCCUAGUGGUGCACCACCAAUGGAGUUGUUGCAGAUGCAUAAGCAACAACAGCAGCAACAGCAACAACAAUUGACACAACUGCAAACGGCUCAGCAGCAGCAGCAGCAACAUCAACAGCAGCAGUCGCAGCAGCAACAACAACAACCACGUAUACAGCACAGCAACAGUGCUGGUGGCGCCAUACACACACACCAUAACCACCACAAUUCGUCUAGUCCAUAUGAAAUCUACCAUAGCACACCGAAUAAGCAGCAGCAGCAACAUCAGUUAAGCAGUUCGGGCUCGAACUCAUUCUCUCCGGGCAGUCAGGCCUCGCAUUCGCCACUUCAGUUGAAUUCCAUUACGCCACCACCACCGCCGCAUGGUAAUCGCUCACAAAGCUUGCAGGUGAAGUCGCGCAACAUGUUGGAAUUGCAGAAGAAGGGAUUCUCCAUGUCGCCCGAUCGUGUCAAUGGCAGCAGUGCCGGUUUGUUGGGCCAGUCGGUGCCGGGAAAUAGUCACUUGCUGCUCUCUGGUAAUGCGCUCAGCCCCAGUAGCGGUGGCAGUAGUAGCGGUUUCGGCAGCACCACUGGCGGUGGCAGCAGCACUGGUGGUUCGGUACGCAAAUCGUUCCAAUAUCCUAGUGAUACAUCCAUAUCGCGCCUGUCCUCAUCGGCGCCCACACAUCUCGGACUCGAACACAUUUGGAUGCGACGUGAACCGCGACAGCAUUUGCUGUCUACUGGCUCGCUGGCCGAGGCUGAAUCGUUCUCGUCGCUUAGCACCGGCAGCGUGUUGUCGCCGGAUGGUAUUGAUUUCUCGCAGGACGAUGAUGACGAUGCGUCGACAGACUACAACAGCGAUAAUUAUGAUGACCUAUCCAGCGAUGGUUCUGAUAAUGAGGACGACUCGCGCACCACCAUUUCCGGCCACAUGUCAGGCGGUAAAGGCAAAGAGCGCUACUUUUGGCAGUACAAUGUGCAAGCUAAGGGGCCCAAGGGCAAACGGCUUGUAUUCCAGUCACGUCUGGAGGAUCCGCACGUCUUGAACGAGGCCACCGAUCCGGUGUUCAGCCCUAAUUGUUCCGUGCGUGGUAUCAAGGUAUUCAAACACAGCGGCAAGGCGCGCAAGGGUGAUGGCAAUGAUCUUACGCCGAAUCCACGCAAAUUGCACGUCAUCGGCAAGGAGCUGGACAAGUUGGGUCGCACCAUCAACGACAUGACACCCGUGUCCGAGUUGCCCUUCAAUGUGCGUCCGAAAUCGCGCAAAGAGAAAAAUAAGUUGGCCUCGCGCGCUUGCCGGCUCAAAAAGAAGGCUCAGCACGAGGCGAACAAAAUCAAACUUUUUGGACUGGAAAUUGAACACAAACGUUUAAUUAAUGGCAUUUUCGAAUUGAAACAAGCAUUGGCGCUCAAAUAUCAAAAUCAAAAUAAUGUCGAGCACACCGAGGCGAUUAAUCAGCGAAUCGAACAGAUCUACAAAACGGCACAAACUGGUCUGCGUAUAGCUGGCGAUACCACUGACUUCGUGAACAAAGUGCUGGAGAAUGUGAAGAGCGGCGUACCAAACGGCGGUCUCGAGGAUCUAAAACACUCAUAGAAGCGUGAGAAACGAGAAGUGAAAAAUCGAAGAUGUGAAUAGCUAUUAAGGAUAAAUAUUGGAGGCUCAAAAGUGAAAAUGAAAGGCGAUAUGAUGAAGAGUGAGGAGAGUAAAAACGAAAGCAAGCAUAUUGUAAUGACAACUGUAGCCGAGGAGUAGAAGAGUUAACAGUUGCACACAAACAACGGUGAAAGUGAAGUGUGAAUGCUUACCGGCGAAUGAAGUGAAGAAUUUACGGCGGUUACGGAAAAAUUGUGUUACAAAGAAGAUUAUCAGCUGGUAGAGCAUAACUGAUAACAAGGAAUACGCAGAAAGCAUGUUUUUAUGUAAAAAAAGUUGUUAAAUGUAAACGAAAGAGGCCACAGUUAUAUAAAUACAUAUAUAUUUACAUAUACAUAUAUA